AGAGCGGGGAACUACAAGUCCCGGCGGGCGCAGCACCUGAGCACUUCCGGCUCGCUCGCCCUGUCCCUUUCUCGGCGGGUGACCGAGGGGCAAGAUGAAGCUGGAGGGUGGCGCUGCAGCUCCCGGGCGGCCGCGGGCGGGGGACGCUGCCCGAGGACCCUAGAUGCCUCUCUAGAGCAUGAGCUCAGGCAAGAGCGCCCGCUACAACCGCUUCUCUGGAGGGCCUACCAAUCUUCACACUCCAGACGUUGCCACUGGGACCAGAAUGGAAACAACCUUUGGGCCCGCUUUUUCGGCUGUCACCACUAUCACAAAAGCCGAUGGGACCAGCACAUACAAACAGCACCGCAGGACGCCCUCCUCCUCCAGCACCCUUGCCUACUCCCCUCGGGAUGAGGAGGACAGCAUGCCCCCCAUCAGCACCCCGCGCCGCUCCGACUCAGCCAUCUCCGUCCGCUCCCUACACUCCGAGUCCAGCAUGUCCCUGCGCUCCACGUUCUCGCUGCCCGAGGAAGAGGAGGAGCCGGAGCCGCUGGUGUUCGCCGAGCAGCCCUCAGUGAAGCUGUGCUGCCAGCUCUGCUGCAGUGUAUUCAAGGACCCUGUGAUCACCACGUGUGGGCACACAUUCUGUCGAAGAUGCGCCUUGAAGUCAGAAAAGUGUCCUGUGGACAAUGCCAAGCUGACGGUGGUGGUGAACAACAUUGCGGUGGCCGAGCAGAUUGGGGAGCUCUCCAUCCACUGCAGGCACGGCUGUCGGGCAGCAGGGGUUGGGAAGCCCACCGUCUUUGAGGUGGAUCCCCGCGGGUGCCCCUUCACCAUCAAGCUCAGUGCCAGGAAGGACCACGAGAGCAGCUGUGACUACAGGCCUGUUCGGUGCCCCAAUAAUCCCAGCUGCCCGCCCCUCCUCAAGAUGAACCUGGAGGCCCACCUCAAGGAGAGCAGGCAGCCAUCCUGUCCCUCCAGGUGCACAUUCAUUGGCAACCAGGACACAUAUGAGACGCACCUGGAGACCUGCCGCUUUGAGGGCCUGAAGGAAUUUCUGCAGCAGACGGAUGACCGCUUCCAUGAGAUGCACGUGGCGUUGGCCCAGAAGGACCAGGAGAUCGCCUUCCUGCGCUCCAUGCUGGGCAAGCUCUCAGAGAAGAUUGACCAGCUGGAGAAGAGCUUAGAGCUCAAGUUCGAUGUCCUGGAUGAAAACCAGAGCAAGCUCAGCGAGGACCUCAUGGAGUUCCGGAGGGAUGCGUCCAUGUUGAACGAUGAGCUGUCCCAUAUCAAUGCACGGCUGAACAUGGGCAUCCUAGGAUCCUAUGACCCGCAGCAGAUCUUCAAAUGCAAAGGAACCUUCGUGGGCCACCAGGGCCCUGUCUGGUGUCUCUGCGUUUACUCCAUGGGGGACCUGCUCUUCAGCGGCUCCUCUGACAAGACCAUCAAGGUAUGGGACACGUGUACCACCUACAAGUGCCAGAAGACGCUGGAGGGCCAUGAUGGCAUUGUGCUGGCACUCUGCAUUCAGGGAUGCAAGCUCUACAGCGGCUCAGCAGACUGCACGAUCAUCGUGUGGGACAUCCAGAACCUGCAGAAGGUGAACACGAUCCGGGCCCAUGACAACCCAGUGUGCACACUGGUCUCCUCGCACAACAUGCUCUUCAGUGGCUCCCUGAAGGCCAUCAAGGUCUGGGACAUUGUGGGCACUGAGCUGAAGCUGAAGAAGGAGCUCACGGGCCUCAAUCACUGGGUGCGGGCCCUGGUGGCUGCCCAGAGCUACCUGUACAGUGGCUCCUACCAGACAAUCAAGAUCUGGGACAUUCGAACCCUCGACUGCAUCCAUGUCCUGCAGACAUCUGGUGGCAGUGUGUACUCUAUUGCUGUGACGAAUCACCACAUUGUCUGUGGCACCUAUGAGAACCUCAUCCACGUGUGGGACAUCGAGUCCAAGGAGCAGGUACGGACCCUGACAGGCCACGUUGGCACCGUGUAUGCCCUGGCAGUCAUCUCGACGCCAGACCAGACCAAAGUCUUCAGUGCAUCCUAUGAUCGAUCUCUCAGGGUUUGGAGUAUGGACAACAUGAUCUGCACACAGACCCUGCUGCGUCACCAAGGCAGUGUAACAGCUCUGGCUGUGUCCCGGGGCCGGCUCUUCUCGGGGGCUGUGGACAGCACUGUGAAGAGCCCUUCCUCUGCAGGUUUGGACUUGCUAGCAGAAUCCAGGCCAGGUUUUGGCUUCUUCUGGGCCUGCCCUAGGACUAUCCAAGCCAGGCUGGCCACAUGGGUCUCUGCCCACCCACUAGGGACAGGCAGGCAGGCUUAGCUGGCCAGGCAGUGCUCUCCCCCCGCCUUGCGCCCUGCGAGCCUCCCUCUGCCUGGCUCUGUCAUCACUGCUGCCAGGAUGGUGCCAAGCCCCUCUAUCAACACUCCAGGUAUAAUGCUUACCUGGGCCACCCUCCGUCCCCACCCGAUGGACUUUGGGGCCUUUUUACUCACCUUUUCUACUGUUUUUAGACUGUACAUAGAUUUGAUUACUUCUUCCUUGAAAUAAAAGCUGCACAGACUGUGGCUAUGAGUGGAGACAGUCCUGGGAUAAGGGAGAAGCCACCCAAGAACACUGGUGUGCCCAGGCACCAGCAGCCAGUGGGAGGGUGAGGAGAGCCACAAAGGAGCUCCUGUUGUCUGUCAACCCCAGGAUGUAGCCCUCUCAGUGACUUCCCCUCCCUGCCAGGAACAGGCUAGCCCACCACUCUCCCCAACACCCUCAAAAAGUGAGCCAGGCAGCUCCAUUUUCUGCUGUUUAUUGACAGCUGACAAGAGCUCCCUGCCCAGACCCCCCUCCCCACCUGCUGGAGCCCCAGCCUGGGCCACCCACUGAAAGGUCAGGUAGAUGGCCAGGUGCUGGCUAUCCACUAGGGGAAGCAUAAUGGCAUGACAGCUGGAUGGGGCCUCACAUGCCCAGACGCCACCUUGGCUGACCCCCUCUACCCACCCACAUCACAAUCGCUGGUUUUCGGCAUUUUUAAAUUUUUUUUUUAAGAAAUGUCAGAAGUUGUGCCCAACACACGUGGAUCAGCAAACACAAUAGAGGCCAGUCAGUACUUUUUGGAGGGGCGAGGGAAGAGGAAAGAGAGGGUGAGAACGACCACACGACACAGCCUUGGACCACGAGCAGAAGCAUCCAUGGGAACUCGAGUAGGGGUGGGCUGGCCGCCUGCUGUGGGCCUGGGGAGGGAGGGUCAGGCACACCCUCACACAGCCUGGCAUGCAUGCCCUGCGCCCACUGCUGACACCCAGCUGUGCCCAUGUAUUCACUCUGUGCACACAGCUCCCCGAAGCCCAAGCUGACCCUCUCAUCAGCACCCCCUAGAGAGGAGGGAGCCUUCCCCACAGUCUCCAGGGCAUGGAGGACACAGCCCAGCAGCAAGGCACAUCCUUCGAGUUCUUCAGACAUAGAGAAGUUAGGAGAGAGGGCAGAGGAGGCCCUGGUGGAGCACAGACCCCUCCCCAGACCCCAGCUUCCUGUUUGUGCUACUGGGCCUAGGGUCUUGUAUGGAGGGAAGGAAGGAAGGACAGACAGUGGCCGGGGCCUCUAACAGCUUUUGUCGAGCAAGACUCCAGUGUCCUUGCAGUUGGUAAAUGGUUUCUAUAGAAUCAAUAAUAUUUUUUCUUUUAAAUAUA